ACCGCGAGGGCGGAAACGGUCAUCGUCCUGGACUACAACCGCAACAAAGGAGGCGUGGACAACCUAGACAAGGUGAUCGGAACGUACAGCUGCAGGAGGAUGACCGCGCGCUGGGCCCUGGUUGUCUUCCACAACAUAAUCGACGUCUCUUCCUACAACGCCUUCGUGAUAUGGAGAGAGAUCAACCCCGACUGGAUGCCGGGCAAGCGGAACAAGCGGAGGGUGUUCCUCGAACAGCUGGGAAAGGCUCUCGUGACAUCGCACGAAGGGAGCGCAUCCCCCGCACAGAAGCAUCCGCCGCGGUUGUGAAAGCUGUAAAAGCCGCCGCCGCUGCACGGAGCGAUCUUGACCACGACGGCGACGCUCAACCCGAGCGUCCGGCCUCCUCACUAGCCCCGCUCGGGGUUUUCCUGCUCAUCACCACCUUCACUUCCUCUGAUGCAGCCGCUCUGGAGACACAUAAUUGCAGACAGCCUCCUCAUCAGAUGACAUUCCUAAUUAAGUUUUUUUAUUUUCAAGUGUUUGUAACUCUGCCUGAAUGUGUGCGCUGCAGGUGGCUGAGACACAAACCCCCUCACAGCGGAUGUCACUCUCCUGUUCUCGGGGCCCUGAUUGACAACCUGGAGAUCUCCAUGAUCCCGGCCCUGGUGCUGCUGCCUCUGCUGCUCCGGGCCGCAGCGCUGCACUACCUGCUGGGCAUCAUCAUCCUGACAGCUCUGCCCAGCCUGGUCCUCUGGUACUACUACGCCACGCACCGCAAGAGGAGACGCACCCUCUUCUUCCUUACUCUGGCGCUGUUCUUUCUGGCCUACAUGUAUUACCUCUUCAUCACAGAGAUUCUACCGCGUGGGGACGUCAGCCAUCUGCAGCUGUGCACUGUGACUGCUGGGAUGAUCCUCACCAUCGGAUCUCUCAUUCACACCAAGAGAGGCCCAGGGUUUCACACCACCUCCUAUCACAGCCAGAGUGAGGAGGUUAACAAGGACUCUACACAUCUUAAUGGAUCCAUCCAAUCAGCGGCCUCCUCCUCCUCUCCUCCUGCCCUGACAGAAAAGUGGAGCAGAUGCUCUGUGUGCAAAACAAUGCGACCCCCGCGGGCCGGACACUGUCGAACCUGUGGAUCCUGCGUCAAGCGUCUGGACCACCACUGUGUCUGGUGGGUUGGAUUUGAUAUUAUAACAUCUUUAUACUUCUUUGUAUUGUACAUUCACACCACAUCAUGAAAGUGAAUAUUGAAUUAUGACAGAUUAGAUAACUGCCCUGUAAUUACACAACAACGUUCAUGUCUUAAGCAAAGACUCCUACUGUACCCACUGGUUUCCUCAGGGCCGUGCACAGACAUUUUUUGGAGCGGGGCUCAAGUGAAAAACUCUUUGCAUCCAAAGAUUGAUUUUUAAAUGGAAACUGCUCCCAGCAAAAAUGUCUUGAAAUGUAAACUUGAACUAGAAAACUGGUAAACUGGGAUCUGUCUCAGGCCAACCAAGAAGACAGGGUGUCUAUUUGUUUGUGAGCUUUAUCAGACACUUUCCUGAACUACACACUGCCAAGAACAUUAAAGAUGAUGAAGUCAGUUUUAUAAAUCUCUUUAUACCUCAUGCACAGUUUCUGAAUUGUUUCAUUGUCUGCAAUAGACUUACAACCUCAAAGACAAAAGAAUUAAAUGUAUAUAGGAUGUCACUCUUCCUGUUUAUUAUUCACAUGAAACUCAAGAACCAACCCCAAUAUACUGUGAGUAUACUGAAUCUAUUACCACCAAACUAGAAUAACCCACAUGAUAGUCUGACCAGGAAAUAUUCAAUAGACUUUUAAAUGUAAACUUUAUAUGGGUUGUUUGAC